AUGCUUUACAACACCGAGAGUCAACAGGCUGGACGGAGUGACGGCGGACCAUCCAAGAGUGGAUAACAACAACAAACCUGCGGGCAGCUCACUCUCAACAACUUUUCCCUGCAUGAGAAACUUACUUUUUAUGAUUGUUUAUACACUUUUUUACCGGCUUGGGAUGUGACUUCAGCGCGGACUUCAGCUGCCGAGGCGGGGCUCACUUUUCCCGGACAGAUUGAUUUGGUGUUCGCGCACAUUUCAGAGGCGAAGUCGGGACUUUUCAGCCUCUUUUACACACUUACAUGACAUUUUAACUCACCGCUCCGUCACAUUUUGACCAUGGCGGAAGCGGCUCAGCAGCAGCAGCCACACCUGGUGGAGAUUGACCCGGAUUUUGAGCCCCUGUCGCGGCCCCGGUCAUGCACCUGGCCCCUGCCCCGGCCGGAGUUCAUCAACCCCGGCGACUCGAACACGUCCUCCCCGGUGCCGUCGGUGAAGCAAGAGCCCACCGGGACGAACGACUUCAUCAACAACCUGAGCCUGCUGGAGGAGAGCGAAGACUUCGCGGAGCAGAAGCCCGUCAUCCUGUGUCCUGAUUUCCAGUGUCAGGAGAACUGUGUCCACCAGCAACCUCCACAGCAACAACAUCAGCAGCAGCAACAUCAGCAUCAGCAGCAGCAACAGCCGAACCCGCAACUCCCGCAUCACCCCCACCAUCAGCAGCAGCAGCAGCCGCAGCAGCAGCAGCAGCAGCAGGUGCCUCUGCUCUCCUCCCCGGUUGGCUCGUCCUCCUCGGCGGCCGCAGCUGCAGCCGCUGCCCAGAGGAAGAGCAGCUCCUCCCGGCGGAACGCAUGGGGGAAUAUGUCAUAUGCAGACCUCAUAACCAAAGCUAUCGAGAGCUCUCCUGAGAGCAGACUGACUCUGUCUCAGAUUUAUGACUGGAUGGUGAAGAGUGUACCUUAUUUCAAGGACAAGGGAGACAGCAACAGCUCAGCAGGCUGGAAGGUAAGUUACUUUUUUCUCCCUCAUGCUGAUGUUUUUGCUGAUAUGACCACUCUUGAGCAAAGUUUUCCAGACUGAAUGUAGGGACUUUAUUGUGUUUUAUCUCCUGUGGUAUCACUGUCAUGUCCUUUCAGGGACAUCAGGUACUUCUUGUGGUGUGUAACAGACUCCUCAUUGUCAGGAUUUCAUAUAUUUUGGUCAGGGUGACUCAUUUUUUAUCAUCUACGCUCAUCAAUGUUGAUUCUCCUGCAGACAUCCUUCUUGCAUGAAGAGUCACAUAGCGUAUCAUUCAUUCACACAGUCUUGUGUAACCAUUGUCAUCCAGCUCAUGGCUCUUUUAGAAAACUGGCCAAUUGCUACCACAACCUUAAACAGUCAUCUGACUUCUCCCAGCAGUAUGUGAUUUAUAUAAGUCUGCUGACUCAACAGGGGCUUUUCUCUCUUUGCUGAUUUCUUCCCUCAAUGUGCUGUCAGCUUUGGCUUCGUAAUAGUAGCUCUCCUUUCCUUUCCCUUUCUGCUCUUAUUUUAAAAUUUAUGAUGGAUUUUAGGAGCUGAAUCAGAGUUUUUUUUUCCAUAUUAGAGUGGAGAUAUCAGAAGCAUUCAUGUGCCCUGGAGACCGUCCAAAACAUUACACAAGAGGAGACUUAAAAUUUCUGAUGUGGUAUGGCAGGCCCUCCCACUGAACGCUAUUGAAGGGCGUAAACGGCCCAUUGGAGACACAUAGUUUCACUGGUGUCUGACAAUAAAUUAAUGACAGCCUACUCUCCCAGCGGGGAAUCCAUUCUGGGGCUGCAGUCACUUAGAGAGAGAUUUAUGAUGGCUUCCCUCUCUUAUAGGCCGUCUGGAUCACUGCGGAAAUUUAAAGCGGUUGUCAAGUGUGUUCUUUCUCUUCCUGUCAGGGGCGAAUCUCAUGUCUGAGUCAUGUGUGAGAGGUGACACAUUAAUGCCACACACAUGGACGCCAGAGGGAAUCACAAAGAAGACCCGGCUUUCAUGUUUUUGUCUUCAAAGUUAAACCGGACACAAAUGGUCUAUUUUUGUGUAUUUAACCUCAGUGUGUUUGAAAAAAAAAAACACACACAAACUCAUGUCAAGCAGUCGAAUGUAGUCCAGUGAGUCAGAUCAUAUGAGAGUGGAAAAACCCCCUCAGUGUGGUGAAAUACACACAGUAAACAGAGCAAGGGCUGGGCACAUGGGUUGCUAGGGGUGGUGAUAUUGUCCAAGAAGGUCUGUUCCUUAAAGGGAAAUCCAGUUUUCUCCCAGCUAUAUAUCAUAGUUGUAAAUUAAAAGGCAGAGCAGUUAGAGUUUUUGUUAUCAUGAUGGUAUGAAAACAGAUGGAGAGGAAUAAGAGGUGUGAUGAUUUGACAACUCAGUGUUUUGGCGGGAUUACGCUUAACAAACAGGUUUUACUCAAGUUGAUCGGACAAAGUGUGUUUUUGUUUUGCUGAUAACUUCACUGACUCCUAAAACUUUCCAUCCUCGUCUUCGUCGUACUCUGUGCCGUGAUUCAUGUGCAGAUGGUAAAACCGGUAAUUUAUCCAGCUGUCUUCAACAACAAUCAAUAGAUGACACGGUCGGCAGCAGAUCGGCGUAUUUUGGGAAACAUCCUGAUGCUGCUUGUUUAUGCGUUUUUAAUUUCAGCCAUGCAGGUCAGAACUGUGAGAUUAGCCUGUUUAGCUUGUCCUAUAUGCUGGAUCAUGAGUGACAUACUUCAUAUUGUCAAUACAUACAGUGCCCAGCAUAAAUAAGUACACCCCCUAUUCAAAGUAAUGUAUUACUCAAUAUUUAGAUGAGCAAAAGUACAACUUCCAAAGUUUUGACAAAGCUGAGUUUAACAUUUUAUUUACUAUAGGAUGAAAAUAAGGGUGAUAUGGUGACUAAAAUCUCAUUUUCGAUCAAUGGCCUACAUUUGGGGGAGUAUUUUGUUGUAUAGUCUGACAUAGAAAAGCUAUGCUGAGCACUGUACAUCAUCAAAACAACAACAUCAGUCUUCACAGCCUUGAUACUCCGAUUGUUGCACAAACCAGAUGGCUUUUAUGCUUCUUGUCCUGUAAAAAACAAUCAUGUCAACAUGUACCAGAUAAGUCUAAUACUGCGAGUGAUUUAUCUAUGAAUGGGUUUUAUUGGCCGGUCAUAUCACGCAAAGUCAGCACUAUAAAAACACAACGAAGCGUGCGUGUUAUUCUGAGAGUGAACAGAGAUAAACACGGGGGGCUGACAUUUAAAUACAGACUAUAUGUUCAGUUAAUAUCUCUCACUCUGAGGUGAUAUAACAGAGGUGUAGUAGCUGCACUCCAGUGAUCAUGAGACACUGCUGAGGUCAACACUUUCUCACUGGUUACUCUGUAAUUAGAAAGUUAUUGUAUAGCAGAGUGGAGUUCAGGCCGCUGACUUUCUCCUGCCGCUUUUUUUCCACACCAGUUGAUCAUUUACAUUUAGUAAAACAUGACUCAGAGUCUGUCUGACAGAGACCGUGGACUUGUCUCCGUGUCCUCAUUAAUGUACCUCACUGAUUUUUCUCUGUGUUUUUCCGUCUGUUAGACACUCACAGCGUGAUUGGCUGCGCGGAGAGGCGAGCUCAGCCGCCGCCCGGGCUCGCUGCUUAUCCUGCUGUGUUGGGGGUGUAGACUGAGUAAUACUGUGGGAAAGCAAAGUGCCAUUCACUGCUGCAAGGGGAGUUAUUCAUAGAGCUCCCCUCGCCUCUGCACAGGGGGGCUGUCACACAUUGUCUCCUCAGAGCCGGCUUACUUCUGAGCCAGAGGGCCGGCCUGAGGAAAGAUGACAAUGUGGAGUGGAAAUUUUAUGACAAGCCGUGUGAUUUUGGCGUGUUUUUUUUAAUCUUACAGAGACACAUAAUCCGUAUUGAGUUCACAGAUUUUGACAGAUUCGAUACACGGUCGAGUUUUAGUUCGAUCACGGGUUAAAGUUUGUUGUCGCACCUUUUCUAAGACAGCGAAGAUAAUGAUUUAAUCUGCACACAAAUGAUUUGUAUUUCCUCGGCACUAACGUGAGGCAUUCGAGAACUAAAAAUAAUGUCGGUAAUUCACUGGAGGUUCAGUCAAAGUUAAGUAGGGAUCAUUUCUCUCUGAGCGGACGAAGUUCACCUGAACUGAACUGGCUGGAGCACAUGAAGUUUUCAUUAAUCUAUGAUUAAGGCCGUCUGCUCGGUAAUUGUUUGCGGCCCAGCUCGUUCCUUGGCGCUGCUGCUGAUCCUCCACAGUUGGUUGUGUCUAAACUGAGUCAUGACGGCCUCCACACUUCUCGAGCCGUCUGCGACAGUGUGAGAUCUGAGGAUAGCUGUGCCGGGUUGGACCAGCUUGGAGAGGCUCUGUGCGCGGACCGGACUCUGGCUCUGUAUCAGGACGCUGUCCAACGGGAAGAGGAACAGAUGGCACAAAUUAUGUAUCACCAACCCUCUAUGGAAAGCUACAUGUUUAUUUCUAAUAACUGUCAAACUGCCUGGUUUCUAUAUCUCGCCCCAAAUGGUACCAACGCGCCGGUUCAUCAGGUUCAGAAAAAUGUUUCUGAGCGUGAAAAUAUCAGAGAAUUUAGGGCGCACGAUAUCGCUAAAAAUUCAACAAACAGCUGGACGUAGAAAGAAUCGAAGAACCUUGUCGUGAUGUUGUAACUCGUCAGGUCGUACAAAUGAAGUACACAUGUGUUACAGCAUGUCAUUUUUAGUACACACACUUCUUUCCAAAGCCGCCUGUAAUCUGUUCUUGCUUGUGCUCCUCUACUACACGUACGUACGUCACAGCAGGAUAAAUAUUUGGUUUCAGCCCGUGAAGUCGGAGGGCUCAGGUGCUCUUUGAUGUCAGCACCAAGAUCGAUCCUCUGCUGGGUUCUUUCUCUGUACGCGCCGCUCUCUUGACCUGGAAUUCCUCCGCCUACGCCGGUAAACACUCCCACAGAUCUCCAAACAAACCGGAGCGCCGGAGCGGACCAGUGCGCAGGUCGGAGCGGAUUGGACAGAGAGGGACACGAGGGUCGUUGCCGUGUUAAUGUACUCGUUGACUGUUACAGUGUAGGAUCACAGAGAGGGGAGGGUAGGCCGCGAAACGUGGGGUUACGAAAGUUCAUCAUCUUGACUUUGUACAGUUUAAGGACUAAGUUGCGCUUCGUCAGUCUUAACGGGGAGAUUUCCAUUUUCUUUCCUCAUAUUAAAGUGAAUUUAGCUGCUGUAAGUCACAUGUUUAUAUGACGUUAUUGUUUGUUCAGCUCCACGUUUCGAUGGCGUAAUUUUCCCGACAAGCGGCUCUUUGCAGAGGAUAAUGAAGGUGUAUGUGACUGCAGUGUGUUUAAAAAGUAUGUGAAAUGUAGUUCCCAUGAACUCGAGAAGCACAGCUUAAAGAAAUACAGAAGCUAAGAACUCCAGCUUUCUAAUCCUGAGUGAGCUCAAAGCUGGCUGUGCUUUCUCCUCCUCCUCCUCCUCCUCCUCUGCCUGUUUCUCUCAGUCUGGAUGUGUAUUAGUAGGACAGGGAGCCGGAGAGACAAUCCUCCUAUUUCAACUCCCCCUGUCGCUCUCACACACAUCUCACCCCUCUGAGGCAGUCGAGGAGUCCAGGCCUGGCACUGCCCCAAGACAUGAGGGGCAGCUGUGUUCCUCAGCUGGAGGAGCCCUCCUCGCCCCCCUCCCCAUUUCCUGCCUGCGUUGCCUGCCGGCCUCUCCGCAGUCCUGGUUUCUGCCUCUGCUCAAAAGCGAGGCGCGCGUUAUGGUUUUAAAAGGGUUACUGUAACCCCUCCCCGCUUUGGAUGAAAUCCAAAUGAGCUACCUGCUAACUGUCUUCAGAGAAAAAUUAAGCAAUACGGGGGAAAAUGCGGGAGCAGCAGCAGCAGGGACCCGGAGCGCUCUGAGUUCAAACUGGGUGACACUUGUUAGGAGUUGCAUAACAAGACAUUUACUGGAAUCAGGGAGCCGCAGGCCAAAGUCUGGUGCCACUGGUUAGUCAGCGGAACUGUGAGGCACUGUGUUAGAGAUAUGUGGGACGCUAGUGUGUGUGUGCACGAGUGUGUGCACAUAACCUGGGCCUCAUAAUUAAAGCCCUGCUGCUGGCAGAUGCACAGACUGGAUGGCAGACAGACAGUGGAGCCGGCACAAGGAACAUUCCUGCAGACUUUUAUAUCUUUUUUAUUGUGGCGGGUUAUUCUAACUUUCCUUUUUCUCUGCAGCUGAUCUUAAUCCGGUUUCUCCUUUCACCCCCCCAUCUUUACUCUUCAUACCAUUCAGUGUUUGAUGUGCUGAGUCACCAUCGAUGGCACCGCAUGAGCGUUAAAAAGCAGCUGUGAAUCGUGGUGUGUGUUCUGACGUGGCCAGGCUGCGGCUAAAUAUAAAGAAUACUUUUAAAAUCAUCAAUUAAUGAGGAUUUGUUUGAUUGGCUUACAAAAAAAUAAACAGAAACUGAAGGUGGUGAUGCUGAAAAAAGGAGGGAAAAUAAAUCCAGCACAUUUGGGGACAUGCAGCCAACUUGGUUGAUUUUUCUCUGCAGGUUUGAUCCCCUUUUUAGUGUUUUCAGAUUAUUGUUUUGAACAGUUAUAUGAGUAAAAAAUACGACCAUGUCAAAGUCCCCGUCAACACCGAUAUGAUUGAGCAACAGCCUGCAGCGAGUAGCCCCUCGGAUUAUUUCACAACCCCAUGUUUUCUUCCUGUCUGCCUCUCUCCCUCUGUUUUUGUCCGCCUCUACCAAACACAUUUAUUAAUCACUGACUCAAUCCUCAGCAGACCGCAAUAAAAAAAAGAGAGAGAGGCAGCGGGAAAAGCAGGUCAGUGUGGCGCAGGCAGCGAGGGUAUCGAAUGGUGUUUACGUCUGUGUGUGGCACACGUGUGCGUAUUUAUGGCUGCAGCCAUUCUGAUGCUGUGAAGUCACUAAACUAGAACCUCAAACGCGUAUCGAUGAUUGAUUCCCCCGAGCUGGUGCUGUCUGGGUCAGGGUUUGACUCUAAACGUUUGACGGCGUGUCCAGAAAGCACAGGAGGAAAUGGUGGGAGACACUUUAAACACACACAUUCGAUCAUGUCUGUCUGCAUACCCGUCUGAGUCCAAGAGGCUUCACUGUCUGUGGUUAAGAUGUUGUCGGGUCAGUGCUCCAAUUUUCCCCAAAACAUGCAGAACUGUCAUAAAUCUUGUUUUAUUUUAGAGGAUGAUGUUUUAUUUUGCUCUUCAGGACAAAAAGCCACACAGUGUCUGCAUGAGAGGCAGGAUUUUCUGUAUUUUAGAUUAAAAAUGUGUCCUUUAAACGGGACGUAUUAAGUUAAACCCACUUUUGCUGUGUUUUUGCAGAUAUACCAGGGACAUAAGUCACCCUAGUCAUUUGUUUCUAGCACCUUUCACACAUGCAUGAGGUUCCUGAAAAUUUCCCAGAUGAGCUGUAUGUGUCGAGUUUUUCACUCCAACUUCACCUGGAAUAUUUCCUGCUCCUCCUUUAGUAUCAUACGAAGGUAAAGUCCAUGUGACCCUGCCAGUAACAGCGGGGGAAGCUGUAUCGGAGGUGGAUGUUCAUCACUCAGCCGGUGUUCUGUGUCAUUUUGCUGCUGUCGCACAGAUCGAUUACUAAAGUGGUCGGUUUGUGUUGUUGUUUGAAGGUAGUGAGAUGGCCUUUUACUCACUUCUCCUCUCCAGUAGGUUCAUCGUAAGAUACAUGAAUACUGCUGUCAUUUAGGGCUGGGCGAUAAACAGAAAAUUUACUGAUACUGAAAUUCACAACAACAACUGAUGUCAUUUUGCCCUUGUCAAUAUAUUUGGUGUCAAAAAAAAAAAACGAAUAAAUAAAAGUUGUUUUUGGAUGUGUGUUGGUAGGCUAUGAUCUCAUGUCCCUUUAAGACGCUGUCCUACAUCAGAGACAUGAGGACGGUUCAAAAGUUGUAGCGGCGGCUGAAGCAGACAAAGUUGAUGUGGGAGGUUAAUGUUAUCGUUACCAAGGUGUUCAAUAUAUCGUGAUAUUGAUUUGAGGCCAUAUCGCCCAGCCCUAUUACCUCAUGACUCUAACAGCGUCUCCCCGUUCGAAGGUCUGUGAGGUCUGUGAGGUGUAGGUUUGGACAGUACAGAAGGUACAUUUCCAGUUUUCUGAGCUCAUGAAAUUUUCUGGAAAUAUUUCAAAGUGCACGACACGUCUGAAAAAAGGCCAAAGGGAGUGAGUGCAAUAAUACCUGCUGCCCCCCCUCACCUGGUAUCUCCACUUUCUGAGCCGCGCCUUCAGAGCUGCACGUCUUGGAAGUUUGCCAUCGUUCUCUCACAGCAUCCUGCAGACAGAAGACGGGGGAUGAGCUCAUGAGUUUUGCGUUGUACCAACUUAGUUUCCAGUUUCAAGAAUUCAGUUAGAGACACUUGACUUGAGCAGCUAACAGAGUCAGAUGUUAACUUAUAUAUGAGAUACUCCAGUUAAACCACGGUGAGAGACACAUCUGGUGCAGCAGCUGGAAACUUCCCACUCAGAGCCUUUAUCUCGCUGGAAAAGACCCAGGAAAAUCCCCGCAAAGUGCUCCUUUUUAUAUUUCGAGGUUUCAAACAAAAACAGCUCGUUUGUGUACGAGGGUGUUUCCACCCACCUCAGACGCUGGCAUCACACACACCACAGCUCCCCCUGCCAGAGGUUUGUUUUGUCUGUCCUCUUUCUGGCUGCAGACCAGAGGAUGGAUCAUUCAGGGAGCGUGGUGUCCACUAACUACACAGAGAGUGUAAGUGAUACAGGCAGAGAGUAGUGCAUCAUUCAGCAGGACAGAGCCCACAGGUGCCCACGCUCUGCGGGGAAAAAAACAGAGCUGACAUCCAGCAGGAGUCAGGUAAACAGUCAUUCAGGAUGAGUCAGAGUGUUUUGUUUUUCUCUCCGAGCGGCUUCGGUAGUAGCAGGGAGAGCACGUGACGCUCUGUUUUUGGCAGAGGGUCCGCCCGGGCUCCGCAGUUUGUUUCACAGAGUCUGCUGCAGCUCGGUCUGCCAUCACAGCUUCCCAUCGGCACGAGAAAUCUGAAAAAUGUCCCGGUGGGUUAACAGGAAGACCCUCGCAUUGUUUGAGCGUGUGAGAAGAGGAACUGGUGUUUAGCUUUUGAAUAAUUUGACCAUUUGAAGGAGAAGUGAAAGCCUCUGCGCUUCUUCGCAUGAAAAAGUGGUGUCCCAGUUUCUCAUAGUUCAUGUGUAUGUGUGUGUCCCUCUGUGUGUGUGUGUGUGUGGUUUGUGCAGUCACACAGCGAGAGAGAGCGGAGCAUCACUUCCACGGGACCGCUCACCGCUGAGGGCCCCAAACCACAGGCAUUACCCGGACCCACAUUGUUGUGCAAUUCCCGCCCUAAAACGAUUAUGCACGGUGCCUGUCAGGCUGGCCCGCCAUUAUCACACAAUCACACAUGCCCCAAUGCAUGUGCCAUUAUACAUACAUGAGCGCUCGCUGGAACCCCGGCUGCCAGGGGCGGACAUUCAAACGCGCCGGGGGUGAGUGCGCGUCACGCAGCAGGUUCCCCGCUUCUGUUGUCACGGGAACUGAUAGUUUGUUUAGAGAUCCGAACCGCCCUCAGGUGUGUUACAUUCAGGUUCGCAGUGUGUCACAAGUAUGCGGCACUAUUGUCUGUAUUGUGUUGGCUUACGUAGUUCUUAUAAAAGAGGCACAGUGAGAGGAGAGGUCACCAGCCGCCAGCGUCAAACCGACGUUACUCUCUCCUCGCAGGGUUAAAAAAACUCUGUUCAGGUUUCCGGAGAGAAAGUGUGGGACGUUAUUAUCUUUUCCCCGUGACUGAUAGCGAGACAGACAAAAAUGUAGCUCCCUCUCUCUGUAUCUUUCAGUUUGGCGCCUCUCUCCGAGUUCCUGCGUUUGAUUCAAGGAAACACAGCCGUGCCAGUCAGACAGAUUAGACGUGUCACCACAUGUGGACUCAUUUUUCUCUCAAUGAUUCAUUCACAUCUCGGCUGAAGUGAUUGACAAAGAGAGAGAUAACGAGGGAAGAAAAGAGGAUCUUUGAUGUGCUGCUGACGACACUGGUAUUUGUGUCGUCAUCAUAGUAAUCCACAAUCUUUGCUUCAUUGUGUGAAGACGUGAGUCACCGCUCAUUAGUCGUCAUGAAUUGAUUUCUUUAUGAGUCAUGGCAUGUCAUAAUCAUUACCGCUUUAACCAUGAGGUCAGGAAUACUAGAGAGUUAGAAUUAGGCCAUCAGAUUUCCUAAAGGUGUCCAAAUAUAGUAGAUGUUCUUAUACCUUCUUCUUCUAUGAUCAGGGCUUGACACUAACUUUUUUCAGAAGCAGCACACAAAGAACUCUCAGGGCACAAUAAAAAUUGAUUAAAUAAUGUGUGUCUUAUUAGUAAACUUAAGUACUAUUAUUUAAAAUCGAUUUUAGGUCAAUUGGUCACACGUAAUGGAAGUAACACAAAAAUUUUUAGAGGACAAAUUAGUGACAUAAAGAGAGUGUCUUAUUGUCCGAACUUAGUACUUCAUCCGUCCAUUUUCUACCGCUUAUUCCUGUUCCCGGGGUCGCGGGGGGGCUGGAGCCUAUCCCAGCAUCUUUGGGUGAAGGCAGGGGACACCCUGGACAAGUCGCCAGUUCAUUGCAGGAAUGACGAACAACCAGAAGAAGAAGAAGAAGAAGAAGAACUUUAUUGAUCCCUGAAGGAAAAUUCAAUUGUCUGUUGUCUCACGUUAAAAGUUCUCUAUUAUUUACAUAAUAGUUAUAAAGUCUGAUGGCUGUUGGUACAAAAGAUCUUCUGAAUCUUUCUGUCCUGCAGUGAAGAAAGAGGAGCCGUCCACCACCACUGGCCCUUUGGUCCACCAAGGUGUUGUGAAGUGGGUGAUCCAUGUUCUUGAGAACCAUCCACACGUACGGGCAACUUUGAAAGUGGCCGAUUAACCUAACCCCACUUCUGCGUGUUUUUGGGGAUGUGGGAGGAAACCAGAGUACCCGGAGUAAACCCACGCAGACACAUGGAGAACAUGCAAACUCCACACAGAAACGCCCUGACCCUGAUUCGAACCCAGGACCUUCUUGCUGCGAGGCGACAGUGCUAACCACUACACCACUGUGCCGACCUGACCUUAGUACUAUUAAUUGAAAUCAACUUUAGGUCAAUUGGUCACAUGACAUGGAAGCUAUUGAAGGAAAACAACCUUUUUUUGAGAGCAUCGACUGGUAAUUUAUUGACGGUCCCUUAUUCAACACCCGACGUUGACAGCGACAGCGUUAAUUUAACCGCGCUGCUCUUGCCAUCCCCGGUUAUGGAGAAUAAGGAGACACCGGUAGAUCUGCAGUGAAUGUCCAUCAAAUAUCCAACCUAAAACUAACUUCAUUGUGGUAUUUACAUGAAGAAAAAUUUGUCGCCUUGGCUGAUUUUUUUAUUCGCACAUGUGCCCCUAAACACAUUUAUUACAUCUAUUUUUAGUCACAAAUGUAAGUGAAACGGUCACACUGUCGAGCCCUGAUGGUGCCAUUUUUCGUCCUUGAACGUCCACACUUACGUUGGCAGAGCUUCUGUGAUUUAUCUCUUUUACCCCUCUUUCUCCUCUCACUUCCCCCUCUUUGAAGAGAAGCAGACUUCGGCCCUGUAGCUGACAGGAAGUGGCGGCUUUGAAAGCAGCAGCAGGGCAGUGAUGUCACCAGGAGAGGAAGCAACUCUGAACGUGACGCCAGAUUCUCGGGCUUCUUCCUCUUUCAGUGUUUUCUUUGGUUUGCUUUUUCAUUGUGCACGAAUGGGAAACAGAUCAGGGUCACUGCACGGUUGGAACAAUUUAAAAUUCGCAGAUUGAGACAAGUGUGCUCACAUAUGACAACAUCACAUAAGUUCACAGACACAAAGUCGAUGCUUUUGCUUCCUGUUCUGACCAGAGUCUAAAUAAAAUGUGGUGGUAACCGCGGCAGCAUCACCCACCAACAAUAUAAAGGUCAAAAAUGACAGUCGCCCAAUUGGAAAAGUAGGGCCAUCCAGUCCGUAACGAAGAGGUAAAGACAGGUGAGGAGAUGGAGGACGGUUCAAAAGUAGACAAAGUUAAAGUGGGAGGGGGUGAGCAGCUUAUGAAGCAGUUAUCGUCCAUUUAUCGUUAUCAAGGUGAACUGAUCAAUAUAUCGUGAUAUUGAUUCGAGGCCAUAUCACCCAGCCCUACAUCCAACUAACUUUUGGCUCGUCUAGAAUCCGGAAAAAAGGUGGAGUUGAGGCAGGCCUGUAGCCUCCAGGCAGGGAGCUUCAGCACACCCACCUGUCUGUCAAAAUAGCCACGCCCCUAACCUUACGAGCGGAUCUCUCAGCCUUUUAUUCUCUGCAGUUAUUUUCCUGAAUUUGUCUCUCAGGUGAAGAAUGACAGGAGAUGUAGAAAGGUGGAAAAAGGGUCAAAGCUGGGAGCUGCCCUACUUCCAGUCGUAGUUUAAUCAAAGAUGAGUUAUGCAAGAUUUCAGUCUUAAACAGAUGCGAUAAAAACAGUUUUGUUUUUUUUCCUGAGGGCAUGUUUACUUCUGCUGUAAUAUUUGGAGUUUGAUUAUGAGCAACAUUUGGGUCAAGUGGGCUCUUUGGGUCCUGGAGUUUUUUGCACAUCUUCAUUUUCAUCACUGAAGGUUGUCGCUCAGUCUUGACCUGCUCGGAAAGGAACCUUCUGACCUUAAGUUGAGGUCUUUGUGCCCAGAUUUAAUGUCACACUUGAUGAGCGCCCUCUGUUUAAUACACUUACACUCUCUUACACUGUUUUUAAAACCUCUGUGAUCACUGAGCUUCUGUUUUUAUGGCGUAAAACUGAGGUCAGACAUCAUACUCGACACUACAAAUGUCCUUCAUGCGUAAAUGUGAUGAUCAGAACAAUAUUUGUGUUUUUAACAACAUGUUUUUUGUUGAAAACGUCUUAAAACAACCCUGAAAAGUGAGCUGAGUCACAGUCCGGUUAUAAAUUAAACACUCGUCGUUCACUUAAAGUCCCCUUGAGCUCCUUCUGUAAAAAUCGCACAUAUUUCUUUCUUUCUUUCUUUCUUUCUUCUUUCUUUCAGUUAUUUCCUUUUUUACUACAAUGGGCCCACAGGGGAAAAAAUACUUGGUGGUAAAAGCUCUUUAAUGGCUCCACUACAAUCUCAUAAUAUUUGUGUGUGUUUUUGUGUGUUUUCCUCUGAAAACGGAGCGCAUAAAGUUAGAACUAGCAAAUAAAACCAAACAUACAGACUGAUGGAAUAUCUAAUGUGGACUGCAACGACUGAAUGAAUAAACAACAGUCCUACGAAGAAGAAGUGCACUCAGGGCUCAUCUGCAAGUGAUGUUCUCGUUCAGUUUGGUGACGUAGUCUGUAAUUUUUAUCACAGCGGUGCGUCAGAGCUGCGCUUUUUCCAAUUUUUUCUAUUGUCUUUUUUUAAAUUUAUGAACAGUUCCUUAAAAAAUCAAGAAAAGAAGUUAAUUUCUUUAAAAAAUAACAGCUCGGGGAUCUCUCAGUGUUGUAACGUGGGGUAACACGUGUAUUAUUGUAACCCCCAAACACUCUCCGGUGUGGUAGCUCAGGCCUAUAGACACACACACACACUCACACACACACCCUCGCAAACACACAGCACACACUGCAUCUUUAUCCGGGCGGAGCGGGCAGCAGCUCAGCCGCUCUGCUGAUCAGAGGCAGAAAAUAACUGCGCUCCACAGACGCAGCUCUGUGCAUUUACAGACUCACAUUGUGUUGCAGGGAGCAACACAUGCACAUAUUUUAGCAUGGUAAGCUUAGCCAGCACAACCCGGUCCCUGUCUGCACACAUGAGCUGCGUGCUGUUUCAGUCUGAGUCAGGAAAUCAGGGAGCACAGAGGGGAGAAAGAAAGAGCAGCAUGUGAACGCCGAGCCGAGCCGAGCCGUGGCUGCAGGAAACAUGAAAUGAUUUUGAAAGCGUGUGUGAAAAAAUGCAGAAAAUGUGCUGAGGAUCAUGAGGCAGACAUGUAAAAAAAGGCUUUCCAGGACAGGUGACUUUAAAAGUCUGCGGUUAGAUUUAUUUUUAUGAACAAAGACGAUUUGCAUUUCAUUUGAAUUGCACAUUACACUAACCCAGGAAGAAAACAAGUCCUGUAACUGUAACUGUUAAUGCUUGUGUCACAUCAGCAGCUGCAGAAAAUCUUAAAUUUACCCAAAAUCGAAAGUCAGCAGAAAGAGAUGAAGAUAUCUGCCAAGCAUGUAGAGGACCAGAUCAGCGAAAAGUGACAUCAGCUGAAAAGUUUCUCACGACAACCUCCACAGAGUGACGCAGGUGUGAGUGUACCUUCUCUGACUUUGUUUUCAGGAAACUCUUUUUUUUCUUCCCAUGAUGUUCGUGAAACAUAAGUUCUCCUCUGCCUGCAGCUGUUCAGGCCUGAGCUUAAAGAGGAAGAACACAAACCGAAGGAAAGAGGGGGGAAACCUUUAAACUAGGGCUGUACGGUAAACCGAAAAUGUAUAGAUUCAGUCUUCAUAGGGCCAGAGGACGCUACAGCUGAACCUGUGGAGGGUAAUUCCAGUAACUUCAUGAUUACUGCUGUCAGUUAGGGCUGAGCGAUAAACUGAAAAUUUACCAUUACUGAAAUUUACUUUUUUGCCCAUGUCAGUAUAUUCGGUGUCAAAAAAGUAAAAGCUGGUUUUGGAUGUGUGUAGGUAGGCUAUGGUCUCAUGUCCCUUUAAGGCGCUGUCCUACGUCAGAGACGUGACUUCAGCCCAUCCAGUCCCUAACAAAGAGGGAAAGACAGGUGAGGAGAUGGAGGACGGUUCAAAAGUUGUAGCGGAUGAAGUAGACGAAAUCAGUGUGGGAGGGGGUGAGCAGCUUAUGAAGUAGUUGUCGUCCAAUUAUUGUUAUCGAGGCUCAAUAUAUUGUGAUAUUGAUUUGAAGCCAUAUCGCCCAGCCCUACUCUGAGCUAAUUGAAGAGAUCUGAUGUUACCUGGUGACACAGGUGGGUAAACGGUGACCCUACGCCUGCAAACCAAGAAGGCCUUGAUACCAACAGCAUUUUCAGUUCUUUUCUGAAUCCAAGGAUAUGACUCACGUUCAGCUGCAGACUGCAAAAGCCCGGAAAAGCCAAAUAGGAGUAUGUUUUCAAGCACCUAAUUUCAGCUCCUGUCAGCUCCUCAUCUCGUUGUUUUUGCCGUAAAAUUAAAAUUUUUCCUACAAACAAAGAUCUACAGUUGUUUCUGAUCGUCGGGCUCAUUUUUGUUUUGCCGCUUUAAGUUCGAGCGAUGCCAUUUGUGCAAAAGUCAGAUAGGGUCAAACUGAAGGAAACAGAAGAUGAUUUAUUAUGCCCUCUCUGAGUUGUGUUUGUUUGGCUCCAGAAUGAGGGCAAAUCAUAAGUGGGGAACUGUUACUGAGAUGUACAGUAAGAGCUUUAUCCUCCGUUGUAAUCCUGCUCGAAAAGCGUACCUGGCCCGGGCCCCCUCUUUCCUUUUUCCUCUUGUUUUUGCCCCGUCAGACGGCUGAGUUUUGAUUAGGAAGUCACAGCUCUUGAACCCGCUGUUUUCUUCUUCUUGAGCUUGCCUUGCAUUAAGCGGGGUCUCGGUCUGUUCUGUUUAGCUCUGAAACCAGAGGAAUCAGUGGGAUCAGUAUCAGAACCAGCCAGCUCUUCCUGUGUGGAUACAAUGCAGCAGGAAGUUUGCUAAUAGCCCCUUGACUCGGCCGCUGGUCUCACACUAUCACCCGGCGAUGAAAGAUCCUGGAGUGUCAGUGGCUUUUCUGCUCCUCGGCGUUCACUCGAAACCACUCACAGGCUGUUUAUCAUUCGUCUGUGAGGCCGAUCAAUCUUAAGCUCAACCAGUCAUCAUCCGCUCAGGAGUCCAAGUUCAGCUCCCCGUGUGUGUGUGUGUAUGUGCAUGUGUGUGUGUGUUUGGGGGGGAGGGCAGCUGGGUGCACUCAGAUUCCUUGCAGAGGAUUGUGAAAAGGAGAUCCUGCCAAGAGGCCGUCAGUAAAUACAUUUGCAGACAGAUUUGCUUCUGCAUGACUUGCGUUUUCUGCCCCUCCAUCUGCGCUUUACGACGCUCAUAUAACUCCGCGUCCAUCCAACAAUGACCAUGUUGAAGAGGUACUUUUCCUGGAAGUCAUCGAGCGCCGCAUGGAUGGGCUCACAGAACUCUAAAGUGAAUUAAAGCAGCUCCACACUGAGCGCUCUGUGUCCGGGCCUGCUCAAUGCUCUCCCUGCUCCCAAUUGAAUUAUGGGAAGUUGACGUCAGCAGGUGAGAAGGGGGCCUUUUUUUUUCUCUCUUCAGCAGAAGUGUGCGAUCAGCUGUGCCCCGUAACCGAUGCGCAUGAUGUCCUCGAGGAGUGAGUUUAAGAGGACAGGAGGGGAGUCGAGCAUGAGGAGGGGGAGCGCAGAGACGAUCUAUUUCUGGUCUGAUCCAUAUCCUAGGGUCACUUUCCUUUUUUAUUUUUAUUUCAGCCUUUUUUUAGAAAGGGACAGAUCUUUUUAUAUCGUCGCUAACAGCCACACGCUGAUGUUAUCUCGGCAGGUCGGACCCGAGGCGCUGUGCGACCCCAUUGACAGCAACUAACCAUUCCAAUAACGAUGCAAACAUUUCCUCUGCUUUGUUUUUAUUCCCACAGCCGUUCAUAAUGAUCGGCUUUAUCAAAUAGGUCAGUGAUUAUCUCUGCGCCGCUCAAUAAUGCUGCUGCUGAUGAUAACCUGUUAAACUGCAAACACAUGAAGUCAUCACUCUGAUUAGUCUUGGAGUUUGGUCAUCGGAGGCUCGAUCAACAUCUUCUGACAGGUGUGUUAGAAAUUUGUCUCCAACAGGAAAACUUUUUGAUGCCCGAACAAAACGAACACUAGUUUUAAUUUUAAUCAGACAAUUCAAGGCUCCUAAAUAAAUCUUUGAGGGAUGUUCUCAAAAGGUUAAUGUCAUUGUCAUUUUAAUAGAUAUUCAGAUUCUGCCUAGUUGAAUUCUUCAUCACCACCAUUUUUGAUCAGCUUCAGCAAAGAUUUCAGGCCGUCUUUCACCCUGCAACUCUAAUGGAGCGCUCACACCAAGCGCGAGUAAAAUCAUCUACUCGCUUAAUUCGCGCGAAUCUAGACGCGUGAAUGAAUAGUAUUUACUCGCUUCAUUCGCGCGUCAACGGUAAUUUCAACGGUAAAAUCUGCCAAUUCAACCAGCAGGUGAUAGACAAAAGCUUUUUAACAACUCACCAGGUAAUCCCACCUCCUCACUCCAGGCGAGCUCCUUUUUAUUCUGGUUUCGGUAAUUGAAAGAAAAGGUAUCAAAUAAUUUGGGGCACCAAAACACAGACACAAUCAGUUUGUCCUCAAUUUUAGAUAUCACUGAACGACUGUCAGUUUCCAUACGUCACUCGGCGACCUUCAUGCUGAGACAUUUUCAGCUCACGCUCAAUUCGCUUAAUUCGCGCCACCAGACUAGUAGGAGCGUCUACUCGCGUCUUUGCAUUGACUUAACAUGUAAUUCAUUCGCGCGAAUGAUUUUACUCGUGCUUGGUGUGUGGAGACAGGAAGGCCUCAUGCCGCCAAAGAAGAAGAAGACUUCUAAACGUAGAAAACUCUCGGUAAAAAGUCAAAAUUGAGCACAAUUCAUUAAAUUUGGCUAAAUCUCAGAGUCUGCUUGUAUAAAUGUGGGUUUAUAACAGUGACAGUAGGGCCGGGCGAUAUGGCCUCAAAUCAAUAUCAUGAUAUAUAAAUGGACGAUAACUAUUCCACAAGCUGCUCACCCCCUCCCACAUUACCUCCGUCUACUUCAGCUGCUAAAACUUUUUAACUGUCCUCCAUUGGUCUCCCCUCCAUAAAGGGACAUGAGACCAUAGCCUUCUUACAAACAUCCAAAAACAACCUUUAUUUGUUUAUUUUUUGUCCCUUAAUAUAUUUAUGUGGACAAAAUGACGUCAGUUAUUGUCGCAAAUUCCGGUAUUGGUUGAAUUGAAUUUAUCGCCCAGCCCUAAGUGACAGCAGUAAUCAUGAUGUUACUGGUAUAUACCCUCCACAGGUUCAGCUGUGACGACCUCUGACCCUAAGACAGUGAUGAGGUGGUUAACUGUCAUCACUCGGCCGGCCCGCCGUCUCACCUGCAGCCGCGUGCUCAGCUCCAUACAUGCUGUAGUUAAGCGGGCAGACCUGCUGAGCUGGUGUUAGACUAAUCACAGGUUUCCAGGUUUUCUGUCUAAACCACACGGAUCUAACCCAGCCAGACUCAGCACAAAGCUCCAGACGUGAGCAAGCUGCAGCUUUACAGCCGCUUACUCUGGCGGUGAGAAAAAGAGUGCUGCACGCUCUAUAGGUCAUUGUCUUCUCAGCCGCAGACAUUACACAGAAAAUAGAUAGUCAGAGUGUAGGAACACACACCUACAGUUAAGAGGACUAGGACUUUGAAAGGUGUGAAAGUCUGCGCAGGUCUGCGCUGUUUUACAGAUGAGUUCUGUAGAAAGAGUGCAGAGAAACCACAUUUUUCACUUUCCUCGCUAUCAUCUCUGAUAAUUUCAUGUGAAACAGUUCUGAGAGCCGCCUGUGCGUGAGUGUGCGCCUGCAGACUCUCUGUACCUGAGGCUGCAGCAGCUCUGCAGCUGAGGUUUCACUUGUGGCUUCUCUUGAUUCAGAGCAGGGCCUGCAUGUAGGUGGUGUUUUCGCUCUGCCGGGGAAUUUUAUUUUUUAUUAGCUGAGCUGACAUUUGAGCAGCUCUGAGAGCGUCAGGGCCUCGGUCAGUGUGUCGGCAUGUGUCUGGCACACCUCUCUGUUUUUACGAAGGUGCUUGGCCACUGUGCGCAAGAGGGUAGAAGAAGAAGAGAGGACAGGGGAGGUAAACAGAGGACAGGAGGGGAGCAAGACAGAGCGGAGAAGGGAGGCGAGCAAGAGGAGAUUUAAGGUGAAGGAAGAAGGGAAGAGGAGGUAAGAUGAGGCAAGAAGGAAAGGCGUUUGAAGAGGAGCAAUAAAGAGAAGGAAUGAGAGGAGAAAAGAGAGCCGCACAGACAGAACACUGUGGCCUUUCAGUAGUGCUGCUGCUGCCAGUGAGGGAGUGUAAUGCAGCGGCACAGUGUGUUCUUUACUGAUCCAUGCCCACUCUGUCACACACAACCCUCUUUCUACAUUUCUCAAACAGCACACGCUCAAAAACACACUCUUUUUUUCACGAUGACACACAACACACUCCUGCACAGACGAGACGACCGUACCGCAUCCAUCCCUUGAGUCAUGACGUCUUCAAACUUGUAUUCAGUUUCUGCGGUCACAUGACCAAGCCAACAUUCAUUUAAUAGAUGAAGUGUGACAUCAGGGAUCAGAGUUAUGCUACACAUACACUCUACUGAAGUGUGUGUGUGUGUGUGUGUGUGUGUGUGUGUGUGUGUGUGUGUGUGUGUGUGUGUGUGUGUGUGUGGAGGAGGUGGGGUCGAAGGCUAAAUUUGCGUUGUCCACUUGGCCGGCGGCGCUGCAGCUUCACAUUCCAUGCCUUUUUUUUUUUUUGCGGCUCAUGACCGCCAUGUUUCCUGUGAGGCAGGAAGUCAGCUCUGUUUCCUGUCACAGUCCUCUUUCAUGUGGUCACUUCCCCCUGUUUUGCCAGCGUCGCUCGGGUCCGUUGACUCAGAGAACAGAGGUGCUGCUCCUGGCGGCGGGCUCGGAGAAAGACUGUUUAUCAACAGCCUCCAUGUCGUAGAGUAGUGAAUACGAUUCCAUUUGACUGGUGGCAGGUACGACUCCUCCUGGUUGGAGUUAUGCACAAAAAUACUGCAAAUGGUGAUGGAUUUAUUGUUUUUUUUACAAGUACAUGAAUGAACCUCAAAUAAAGAGGUUACAUGAUCAUAAUAAAUGACUUAUUGUUGCAGUUCAUUCUCAUCAAGGAAAACUAUCAUCAGAAAAGUUAACCUUUAGUGAUAUAAAGGGGGGACUAUAGGGCUGUACGAUAAAUCGAUUUUAAAUCGUAAUAGAAUUAUUUGAUUAUGAGGAUGUUAAAAAUUUUAAAUCGUCAAAUCGUUUUUGAAGAGCAAACCACUCCCCGCUGCAAAGUCUGUCUGAAGGGGGUAUCAUACCGUCCACACGGAAAUGAAUUCAGGACUAAAUGCAAAAGCUUUUUGUUGUAUCAGUGUUUCAUCCACACGGAAACGGUAUUUCGGGUAAAAGGUACUUUUUGAAAACAGGCACAAGAGUGACUUCCACUUCAUCACCAUGUGCAUCUGUCUUGAAACGACCAAAAAAACUUUUAAAAACUGUCUGCAUUUCCUUGGCAACGUUACAGCGUCACUUACUGGCUUGGCAUAUGCACUUCACCUUUUUCGCAGUUUUGUUUUGAGAGAUGAUAGAAAAACUUUUCAUUUUCAAAGUGGAGUUGGGGGAAAUAAAAUAAAAAUAAAAAACAAAAUCGAGUUUUCAGAGAAAUCUGGAUUUUAUUUUUGGCCAAAAUCGUGCAGCCCUAGGGCAAUAGCUGCAAAAGUUCAUGCAAAUGGAGGAUGAGUAAAUGCAGUUGAUGCCAGAGACCCAAGCAUGUUUUUUUCCCUUAUGCACUGGAUUUAAUGCUGAUUCCUUAGUCUAAAUCAAGGCUUUAUUUGCAUCAACCUAAGCUGAACUGUGAGCAGGAUGUUCGUUUUUCUUUCCUUACACAAUCCUUUUUUUUUUCUCCUGCUUGGAAGAAGAAACGAAAAGAAAAAAAAAAAAAACUCUCCAAACUCUCAGAGAUUUUUCCAGGACGUUGUUAUUGUCCCAUUUUUAUACAACACUAGAUAGGGUGGCCCUCAGACGGGGGUUAUCAGAGUUCACUUGUGUGAAAUUGCGGGUUUUGUAACCUUGCUGAGGAAUGUUGAUUGAAACGGCUGCCUGGCUGGGAAUCCUGCCUUUGCUGUUUCCUAAGAGAUACUAACACAUUGGCUCUGAUUACGAUUGAACUUUGCACGCUGUGAUUAGCUGGAAUGUGAAGAUUCCUGUGUGCUGCAGCCAGAGAUAAAUCUGUGUCACUUCCAGACACAGGAUGCCACAGAGACCCUGCAAAAACAUCUUCAUUCAUGCUGAAAAGAGGAAAGAAAACAGAUAUCAUUUAGUAAGAAACAUGCCGUAUUUGUCAUUCAUGAGUGCAAGUCUGUGCAUGUGUGUGUUUGUGUUUCAUCCUGAUUCAUGUGUGUUUUUAUACCCUAAUAUUACUGGAGCAAAAAAACUAAAACCAUACUGUGCUGCCAUGAUGCCCCCUCACUGAAAACAUGAGCUGUAACUCACACACACACAGACGAGGCUUUCCAUUGGCCCCGGCAGACACCCUUUAGCCACACUCCCCACACGGUACAUCGAGUUCUGCCCAGUUCUCAUCAGAGCAGUUUUUAUGACCCUUCCCUCAAGCUCCCUCUCCUUCAUGGAGACUUUGAAAACUUCUCUCAAACACCCUCCGUCAUGACAACACCCAGCGGCGUACGACUGUGACAUAAGCCCAGAGGGGACUGGAGCUGUACGCUUCUCCUUCCUGUCAUCAGGAUGAUAUAGGGCUGCAACAGGACAUCCCGGCGUCUGCGCUCACAUUGUAGUCAUUCCUCGCUGCAGCACAGCUGAAAUUACCAGCACUCUCCGCGGUCAUGGGAAAGAGAAGCUCAUGACCAGACUUUACUCCUCGCCUUUUGUCAUAGCUAUCCAUGUGCAGGAGAAGGGGAGAGGAGCGGUCACUUUGCUCGAAUCGUAAAAUGAAGGUCACAAAAGUUAUCGUCCGUUUCCCUUCGAAGUUACCAUAGUUUAGUUUUAAAAUGCUCUUAAUGUUUCAUCAAUACAUAAAAAACUUUGCUGAGAACAUGUGUUGUAGCAUCUGUACACCUAGAUACUGUAGCCUCAAGCCCCGCCCCCUCUGAGUAAACCUCAAAGACCCACUCUGGUGAAAACAUGUUUUUCUUGUUGUUUCUGAUGCUGCAGGACGCAGUUUUUUUUUUUGUGGGAUGGUAGGGGAAGGUCCCGCCCUCCUUCACCUCUGAUUGGCUAGAAGUGCUGGGCUCCGAUUGGUUACCCCUGAUGGCUAUGAAUUGUCAUCGUCUGUUGGGUUAGGGUUAGGGUAAGGAAUAGGAUUAGGAUAUUAAGAAGUGCGAUAAUGCUCUGUAAUGUUCUGUUCAUGUAAAGAGCCGACAGCCCGCGUUUGGCUUGAGCGCUAGAUGACAUUUCCAGCUUUUCUAGCCAACCAGAGGCAAAAAAAUAUCACCUGCAGGACAUACCUGAAAAAAGUAAAAACAGCAUGUCCAGACACAUUGAGAUUUCCUACCUCACAACUGCAAGCUCCGCCCCCUGAGCCCUGCUAUGCAGGCCAGACUCGUAGAAGUAGAGAAGACGAUCGCGGAACAAGCGUGUGUGUUCGCAGAUUGCAAUGCUCGUACGAAAGCUACACAACCACAAUUUAAAGACCACUGAGAACACAAGUAGUAAAGUGAGUCUGUGUGAGUUUGACACGUAGUAAACUUGGUUUGCACAUUACACAGCCAGAUUGUCUUUAUCAAUAUCAGAUGAAACACUGUCAGACUAAUGAGCAUCUCCCUCGUGGCUGCAGGUAAAUUAUGACACCAUUAGACGAUACAGACAUCACCCAUUCAUUUACAGAUCUGUGGACACCAGUCAAGGAUGCUGAAAACACUAAACUGUGUUGGUUUUGUGUGAAAAUAUGAGAUGCCUUGUUAAAAAUUGAAGAUAAGUGUCAAGCAUGGAGGUCAUUUACUUGGAGAAUCUAUCUGAGGGCAAAAACACAGGAAAAAGAUGAGCCUCCUUUUCUGUUUUUUAGACGUUUUAUCCACUGAACGGAUCAUUAAUCUCUAACUCGAGGAAAGAAUCUGUAGUAAAUGGUGGUGAAGAUUUGGGUCAGAGAUAUUUUGAUGUGAGGAGAUGGCACAGAUGAGAAGAAGCAGACUGUGAGCCAGAUGUGAGGCAGUGACUCACAGUGGGAACAGGCCUGAUGACGUUAGCCACUAUGCACGCUAAGCUCUGUGUGUGUGUGUCUGUGUGUGUUUGUGUGUGUCGGGACUUCCAUCUUUCUUCCAAAACAACAAGCUCUACGCAUGCACAGUAACGUCUGGCCAAGGCUCAUUACUUCAUGUUAUGGCCGGGACACAAAACCGCACAGAAAAAGAGUGUAAGUUACUCUCCGAGGGGAAACGGUCACUCAGGCAACAGUUUGGGUCGAAUUGGAGUUUGAAAAUAGUGAAACAAAAACAGACAAAAUUCACCGAGGAGGAGGACGGUGUGUGUUAAAGUGUUUUGGUACAGUUGUACUGUUUCAGUGAAGUCAGACAGAAACGGUGCGUCACUCUGUGUGGUUUGCUUAUCAGACAUAUCCUCGCUCUUGUUUGCAGACUUUUAACAAUGCUUCACUAGACUCCUGCACAAAAAAUUAGUUUUUCCACUGAGAGCGUCACUAAGCAACGUUCAAGCGCACCAUUGAUGUGUCUGUAAGGGGAAAGAUUAGUCUGUUUCCUCCCUUUGAAUCGGUGCUGGUUUAGACAAGACACGUAGUCAGGUGGAAUGUGAUUGUUGGUAUAAUGGUGUUUUUCAAUGGGCCCCUCUGUUUUUGUGAGGGAAGUACAGGCCUGCAUGUACAGUAUGUUUGGAGAUAAGAGUGUGUGCAGUUUAAUCCUCGCUCUCUGCAGGAUGUAUUGCUCAUUCAGUGAGUGUAUUGACACCUAUUGAGUGUGUGUGUUUGUGCAGAUGUGUUUCUUUUGAUUUCAAAUGACAUUGGAUUGUUGACUGACCUUAAGAUCUCUCCUUUCUCCAGCUGUCAGGCCCUACGUGUUUGUAAAGAGAACCACCUGCACCGGUGUAUUAGCACUUCUACGCUAAAGUAGAUCUGGGACGUUUCAGGGAAAAGGGCAAACACACAACAACACACUCCUCCUCAAUGAACUUUUCUCUUUUUUUCUCCCCCCGCAGAACUCCAUCAGACACAACCUGUCGCUGCACAGCCGCUUUGUUCGGGUGCAGAAUGAGGGGACCGGGAAGAGCUCGUGGUGGAUGCUUAAUCCAGAGGGCGGGAAGAGCGGGAAGUCACCACGGCGCAGGGCGGCCUCCAUGGACAACAACAGCAAGUUCGCCAAGAGCAGAGGAAGAGCUGCAAAGAAAAAGGUACGACAGAACGAAUCCAGAAUGGUGGUUUUUAAUUUACCUUUCUGGUAGGGGUGGGAGAAAAAAUCGAAACAGCAUAGUAUCGCGGUAUUUUGUCUGGUGAUAUAUCGUAUCGUCUCAUUUACCAAGUAUCGAUUUUUUUCAAUUAAUUGCUAAUAUGAAGUCAAAUCUAUGAUAAUGAAAAAUAAAAUCAACUGUUUGUCCAGUGAGGUUGGCAGAGGUGACAUAGAGCAGGAGGAAGUUAGUGCAACAAAUAUAGCAGCACCACGGCAAAGACAUUAGGAAUUUCGACACAACUUUGCAGGGGCGGAGUCACGGAGUCACACAAAGUUAAUUUUUUUGGUCGGAUCAAGUGUCUUUUACCUGAUUCUAACUCAGUAAGUCCAUGUGACACAAACUUGAAACUUCCAUACAAAACCAUUUUUAAGGAUUUUAUGAACUCCCCCGGACAAAAACAGACAAGGCCAGACAGCCCCCUAAAAAAGAGGACGUCUGGGUAAAAGAGGAUGUAUGGUCACCAUAGCGUAAAUAAGACAAAUAUAAAGGGAGGACAAAAGCCAAAUUAGCUAAACAGUUGAAAGAAUUGUAUAAAUCGCAACAUUUGGUAUUGCAAAAAUCACUGUAUUGCAAAAUGUUAAAAAUUGUGAUAAUAUCGUAUUGGGGCCCAAGUAUCAUGAUAAAAUCAUAUCAUGGCCCAAGUAUCAUGAUAAUAUCGUAUUGUGGCCUCAGUAUCGUGAUAAUAUCAUAUCAUGGCCCAAGUAUAAGUAUUGUGAUAAUAUCGUAUCGAGGCCCAAGUAUCGUGAUAAUAUCAUAUCGUGGCCCAAGUAUCGCAAUAAUAUUGGAUUGUGGCCUCAGUAUCAUGAUGAUAUAGAAUUGUGGCCUAUGUUUUGCGAUAAUAUCGUAUCGUGGCCCAAGUAUCGCAAUAAUAUUGUAACGUCGACCAAGUAUCAUGAUAACACCGUAUUGUGGGGCCACUGGUGAUGCCCUCCCCUACUUUCUGGGCCAUGCUAGAUUUUCUCUGCACCAUAACUGUCUGUCAGUUUUUUUUUAUUAUGCCUUUUGGAAAUAUCUCCACAGGAUAUUUUUGUUCAUUCUUUCAAGCCAGUAAUCAGCCUUUGAUUAGCCACGCUCAGGAUUUUAUUACCGCGGUUUUUAUUUGAAAAGGCUAUUGUAUCCAGACCAGGGUGGUUUUAUUCCUAAUUGUUCCAACCUGUAACAUUUCUUCUGCUCCUGGAACAUCCUCUCUGUCUGCGGUGCACUAAGAGUCUUCGUGUCUCUCCACAGCUGUCCCUGCAGGGCGGUCCUGACGGAGGCGCAGACAGCCCAGGCUCCUUCUCUAAGUGGCCCAGCAGCCCGAACUCCCACAGCAACGAUGACUUUGAAAACUGGAACAGCUUCAGGUCCCGGACCGACUCCAACGCCAGCACUCUGAGUGACCGUCUGUCUCCCUUUGUGCCGGAGGAUGAUUUCGGGGAGGCAGAUGUUCACAUGGGCUACCCAGGAGCCCCUGGGACCAAGAUGACGGCCACGCUGCCCAGCCUGACGGAGAUGACGGGCUCGCUGGGUCACAGCUCUGAAAACGUCAUGGAGAACCUCCUGGACAACCUGAACCUGCUCUCGCCAAACAAUCAGCAGGUUGGGGGAGGCGGGACGACCCUGUGCUCCUCCCGGGCCUCGUCUUCUCCCAUGAUGCAGCAGAGCCCCGGAUACCCGUCAUACAGCUCACCCAGCAUGGCCCCGCAGCCCCAGCAGGAGUACCGCAAGUGUGUGUACAGCCAAGCGGGAAUGAACGCGCUAUCGUCCAUGCCGCUGCAGACGCUGCAGGAGAGUAAGCCGGGCUUUGGACCGGGUAUGGGUCAGUACAGCUGCGCCGCAGGACUUCUGAAGGAGCUGCUGACCACAGACACCGAUCAGCAUGGAGACCUCAUGCCCUCAGUGGACUCAGUGGUGUCUCAGUCCAGCGCGGGCUGCAUGCUGCCGCCAUACAGCAGCAGCCAGCACGCCCCCAAACUAAUGGGAGGAGGGAACGGACAGCCACACCCUUUCUCCCACUCCCACACCCACAAUGUGCACAGCCAGCCCCCCGCCACCGCACCACCUGCUAUGAACGGCCGCCUGCUCAUGCCCCUCAGUCACAGCAGAGCCAACGCACGCUUGCCGUCAGCCAAAAGUCAGAUGCAGAUGCCUUACGGCCUCGCCAGCCACCUCAGCGCAGGAGGAGGGAUGCCCGGUUUCUGCCCACUCAACACCAACGGGUACGGACGACCCGGCCUCCAGCAGCCCUCACACACCGAGAAGCUGCCCAGCGACCUGGACGACAUGUCCAUCGAGAAGUUUGAGUUUGACAUGGAGACGGUCCUCCACGACACUCUGAUGGACGGGGACUCCCUGGACUUCAACUUUGAGCCGAUGGUGACCCAGCAGGGUUUCCCACACGGAGUGAAGACCACCACGCACAGCUGGGUGUCGGGAUAGAAACUGCGGUGCGAGAAAGACCAGAUCAACUGACAUGCCGUUGCUUUUUGGUGAAAACCGUCAGAACUCACAUGAGACAUCGAGACUUUGUGAUGAUGAUUCUGCUUCAAAACUGUUUUUUUGGAUCUCUUCAGGAGACUGGAAGUGGUUGUAAUCUGCUGAAAAUGAAUCCCGUUAGUGCCCCUGAACUGGUGAAGACAAAACAGUCACAUCGUCUGUACAAACUAAGUGCCAAACAUUUUGCCUUAAAGAGAAGAGCCAAACUCCGGUUUCCUCGUUCGGGUCACAGAUGGCAGCAACACAAUCCGUUCAAGUGCUCCAACACAAACCGUCAUGUUUACCGUUUCCGCAAUCAGACUUUGUGUAUGUGUACAGAGAGGCGAUAGCAGCAGGUGAUCACUACGACAGCAGAUCGAUGGAAGUCACGUCGAUGUCAGAGACGAUGUUACAUUAAAACUCACUUAGUCCUCACCUGAAUGUACAUAAUGUCAGCACACGGUUUGUAAAAAUCAGGUCUUGUAGUAAAAUUUUGAGACUGUAAAUAGUGUUUACUCAGAGGAAGCAAAAAAAAAACAACUAAAAACAACAAAAAAAGGAAUCAAGGCAGCAGAAACGAGCUCACCGAGAAAACUGGAUCCGGCUCUUUGAAACACACACACACUCAUCCGUGUAAUCAGGCUGUAAAAAUCGACUGUCUAAACUCUUGUACAUACUAAAGACUGUAUAUUAUUAACAUGAUGACGAUGUAGUAGAUGUUUACUAGCUUGAGUAUAUAUUUGAGACUAAAUUAUUUGUGGUUAAUGUAGAUUUGUACCGGUGCGUAACCUGCACUCAGAUAUCAGAACUGCUCUGAGUUGUCUGUCACUCUUAACCUUAAUACCACAGAGGCCUAAUGAUGGUGCCUGACACAGUUUUAGGUUUAGACUGCCGCCUUGAAGAUUUAAAGAGUUUUAUAUUUAAUGUUUAUGGUCCAGAAGAUCCUCAAAUCUAGCAGUUUGAAAAAAAAAAGUAAAAAUGAAUUCUUAAGUUUUCUGCUUUUGCUUCAAUUCGUAGAAUAAACAGGUGACAGUAGAUCGCCUUUCUCGAACGCAUCCCGGCGCUCUGAAUGUGAAGAGGUUGAGGAAAGAUAGUCUCGGUCCAGCUGAGUCCAGGUCUUGUCAGAGAUUGUCACUGUGAGCUACCAGCCUGUCCCCGGAACUUUUUUUUAAAACUUCCUCUAUCGUCUCAAAAGUUCAGCCUGACUGAUAAAACUCGAGUUCAACCUUCGUGUUGCUCUCCGUAGAAUCAGCUCCACUUUCACUCUGUCCCUCCUACCUCUACCUUUCUCUGUGUCUUUUUAAACAUUUUAUAGAACUGUACCAUGUGACAUGACGGCUCCAAUCAUCUUUUAGAUAACAGGUCUCUUUAAUUUUUCUGACGGCGCUUUUGAAAGGCGUCACUAAGUGUUAAAUAUCCUAUCCAGCUUGUAUAUUGCUCUUUUUUUCGGACCCGCUUCACCUUCUUUUUGCUGUACUAAUGAGCUUGUGGGUCACAAAUAGUGAUAUAGAGAUUGUUUCUUCUACCUUUAAAGUCUGUAAUAGGGGUGUCCCGAUUCGAUAUUGAUAUCAUACAUCGGUCCGAUAUCAGCAAAAAUUCAAAUAUCAGAUUGUAUCGGCCUGCAUCUAAAAUCUUCGAGCACUCAGAUUCAGGCAUCUAGCAGCACUCGGAUCCAGCGUGUCCCGCUGCGCAAUGCGCCGUCAGUGACAUCUAUUUAGCGUAUUUUUCGACGAUGAAGUACAAAUGUGGACGUAAUUUCAACAUCUAAAAGAGGUCCAAUAAUGACGUCUAAAUCUUGGAUCCUUUUUGCAGGUUGUGCCGACAUCUAGAUUCGGUCUUCAGAUGACGUCUAAAUUCUAAACGUCAGAGCGACGCCUAAAAAAGGUCCAAUUUGGACGUCGAAAUUUCUAACCUAUUUUGCACGUCGCAUUGACGUCUAGAUGUGUUCUUUGACGGACCGACCCAAUACUGACUUGAUCUGCACGUCUCUUCAAUGUCCGAUGUUUGGUGGGGUAUAGGGUGACCAUAUGUCCUCUUUUACCCGGACAUGUCCUCUUUCUUGGGGCUUUGUCCGGGAAAGUUUAUAAAAUCCUUCAAAUGUCCGCGGUUUCGAUUUCGUGUCACAUGGACUUACUGAGUUACAAGCACGUAAAAGACACUCGAUUCGACCCGAAAAACUCACAAAAUUAAAAUUAACUUCACAGUAACUCCGUGACUCCGCCCCCUCGCAGUCGUGCCAGUCAGAAUAUGGUCACCCUAAGCAUGUAGAGCCUAUAUAAUCACAACAACAACAGUGUGUACCAACAUACCAAAGGAGUAGGAGAAUUUUUCUUUAAAGUCCGAAAAGAUGUUGCAGCUGAGUGCAAAACUUGUCGUGCAAAAAUAUCUUAUCAAUAUCGGUAUCAGACAAUACUGAAGGCUACAUCAUCAGUAUGGUAUCGGAGGUUAACCGUUGUAUCGGGACACCCCUAGUCUGUAAUGAUGACUGCUUCUCAUGAGGUCCACUCAGAGGCUGGAUGACCGCGUUAGUCAGAGAUCACAAACUAAAACUGCCUAUUCGACAUUAAUAAGUGUUUAUUCAGUGAGUCUCAAAGACGCCGCGUUGGUACAACAACGGUGUCUGAUUAUGUGUUAACAAAGGGGAUAUUUGAGUCAUCCUUUAAGUGAUGUGUUGAAAUGUGAGAGCACAUGGUCAGACACAGCCAAGCGGGUCUUUAAGAGUCCAAUUCAAUUAUUUAGCAUUUCAAAAAAGUCCUUUUGGGGACGCCGAUAAAGAAGCUGCUGUUUGGCGAUGGUGCCAGGUGUUGCCUUUCUUACCCAAACAUGCCAGAGCCAAAUCUGCCUUUGAAGUUGAAGUGAUAUAUUUAGCAUUUUUAUCAUGUGAUAAUGUUCAGAAUUAUAUUAUAUGAUAUAUAUAUAUUGUGCCGGUCACUCAAGUCAGGAUGAACUGUAAUGGAUCCAUGUAGUCUUCAGUGUCACAGGGUUCACUCUAAAAGUAAAGAGCUGUACUAAGUAAAUUAUAUCUCUACAUUUUUAAAUGAUUGAAUCUAUGCAUUGUAUUCCUUAAUUUUGUGUUGCUAUUGAUAUAUUUCCUUUUUUUCUUUGAAUUUAUGACAGAGAUAUUUUAUUGUAAUAUAGCGCUGUGAGAUAUUGUGGUGAUGUUGUUGUCAAAACUCUAUGUUUCAGAUAGUUAUAUGGGAAAAAAAUGAAGUUUAUUUAGAAAAUAGAUGAUGCAGUGAUUAAUAUGCUAAGCUUUUGUAAACUGACAAUGUUGUAUUUCUUGUAUUUUAGCUACAGUUUUUAGAAAAUAGCUUCAAAAAGCAAAUUACUAGAAAAAGUAAAGAUUAUAUGGAGUUUUUAAGAUGAAAAAAACACACUUUUUAGUCAGAGAGAGAUGUCUCGCUCAGAACACAGAUUCUGGACCAAUUUCGUAAUUUUAUGAAUAGAGAGAUGUUGCACUUUUACUCACAUUUUAUAACAAAGUGCUCCUCAUCACGUGAGGAAGAGUUCCCAUUACAUAUUUUCAAUAAAAUCUGUUACACCUAACUUAUAUACAGAGAGAAAAAUUGGGCUUUUGCUGUUUGAUUUGCAAUCAAUAAAGACAUGUAACUUUUUCAAUAUUAAUGUAUUAUGACCUGAAUAAAUGUAAUUCUGUGUUUCA